ACUGUUACAAUCACUCUUAUGCAGUAUCUCAUGCUUUUUAUUUCUCUAAUGAAGCUGCAUCCUGACCUAAUUUCAAAGUCUUUUUUGCACAGACAGCAUCAUCUUGUCUGAACUUUAAGUACCUAGUCACUUUUUGACACUGCAAAAGAAAAGUGUGCAUUCUGAAAACCUACUUAUGCCAGAGAGAGACUUUUUUUAACUGUACUUUCCAGAUUCAAGUAUCAUCCUUUUCAUUGCAGCAGUGGAGAUAAAAAGGAUAUCAGACAGAAAAAUUUCCUUUCUGCAAAGGAAGGUGCCUGCAGCUUGCAUAUAGAUUCUAUGCACAUAAAAUCUUUGGGGUUUAACAUCAGCCAAAUUUUCUUCACAAGAUGUCAGUGGAAGAGAACACCCAAACAGUAACCUCAUGCAAAAUCAAGACGAUUACCCCAGAGGACAAACAGCAGUUAGUAACACUGAAAGCUCUGACCAUUCAUUCAAGAAAUAGCGGCAUAAAUGAGAAAUUCAACAUGUCUUCUUCAGCCAUCGUUAGCUACGACUGUAGCUCUACCAGUCAUCUACUCCUUCCUAUUUCCUGCUGGAAGUUUUGGAAAUAUUCUCACUGCCUGGAUAUUUUCAAGGCAAGCACUCACAAAAAGAACACAAUACAUUUACCUGGCAAACCUUGUCACUGCAAAUUUACUCAUAUGUAGCACAAUGCCUUUUCUGGCUGCCUAUUUUGCAAGAGGUUACCAAUGGACUUAUGAGUCUGCAGCAUGCAGAAUUGCAAAUCACCUUGGGACUCUCAUUAUGCAUGUCAGUAUGUAUGUUACGAUUAUAAUUUUGUGUUCAACUGCUCUAAGUCAGUAUGCAACACUGAAGAAAAACUGUGAUACACAAUACUCUCAAGCAGUUAAUGAAAACUUUUACAGAUGUGUACUUAAAAAGUUUCGUCAGCCGAAAUUUGCUAAAUAUUUGUGCAUAAUUAUAUGGCUUACUGUGCUCUGCAUAACGGUAGUAGCUAUAACAUAUAAUAUCCAGGCAAGGGCUAUGAAAGAAUUUCACAGAUGCUACAACAUCAAUGUAGAAGCUGGUGAAUUUGCCACAAUGAUUGCAGCUUCUUUUGCCACUCCGUGUUUUUUUGUAUCCUUUAUGACAGUUUUGUCAUCAUACUAUUCUCUUACCAGACAUCUGAGUAAAAUACAGAAAAAUACCUGUAUCAGAGAAAAACAUCUAAUUUACAGUACUGUAAAAAGAAACAUUUUUGUCAUCCAGAUGAUAUUAACUGUCUGCUUUCUUCCAUAUCAUAUUUUUAGGCCAAUUUUUUAUGCACUGCUUAAAAGUGAUGACUGCCCAAGGUUAAACUAUCUAGUAGAAAUUAAAAAUUUCCUUACUUGUCUUGCUGCUGCUAAGAGUAGUUUAGAUCCAGUUAUAACCCUUCUGCUAGAUAAAACAUUUAAGAAAAGUCUGUAUGGUCUGUUUACAAAAUCCACACCAGAACACCACAAACGUAAAGCUGAUAUUUUCACUGAAGAGAUUCCCGAAAUGUGAAUGAAUAUGGAAAGAUAUUAGUAGAAUAUAAGUAACAAUAAACUCAUUUUAACUACCUAUAACCAGACUUUAAUAUGAAAUGGUAAAUAUUUAAAUAAAAUGCUAACAUAUUACCUGGAUUUUUUUUUCCAAAUGUUCUUGCUUGCUACAUCAACAUCAGCUAUAGUAAAUCCAAUGGGUAUAUUCAUAUGAAUCCAAGUAAUUUAUACAGUGAACUCUGUAAUCCUCUUUAUCCAUGCAAUGCAAAAGACAUUUUAUGUUUCACACAUCGACAGUGUUUUCUACCUAAAUAACCAAGGAAGAAGGUAGAAAGUAGGCUGAAUUUGAGGAGUUUAGUGCGUAAAGAAAAUUUCUGGAUGACAUCUUAUUCUAAAAUUACUGAAAAUGUCAUUAUUUACUUUAGCUAUGUCCAUCACGUUAGGGUUUUGCUAUAGGAACUGAUUUUUUAGGAGUAAAAAAACUGUGUUAAGAGAUUAUGCACUUUUUUUUAUUCUAGCCUUCACAGGAAAAGCCUUACUACAGUUUUGUACUAAAAUAGGAAAAAGCUCACAUUUAAGAUUUAAUUAAGUUAUCACCCUGCUCUGACAUUUGCUAUCAUGGCCACAGUGUUACUGACAUUACAUCUGCAACAGGGUGACUCUGAAGAGAAAGUUUUGAUGGUGACUAAUAACCUGCAGAGGUGAAGUAUCCAGAGAUGAAGAGAAACCUUGUGGCCUAAGAUUCUACUCAGUGUUUGAGAAGAAUGGGGUUUAUACGUGCUCUAUACCUUUGUCAGCUAUCAUUUUUCUUGCAGUCUUAUCCAUGGCAGUCAUGUUCAACAGCUGAGGCGGUGGCUUCCUUAUUAGUACACAGCCUUGGUGUACUUACUUCACUUCACAGGUCAAUUAACACAUGCUGCUCCAGAAGGCAUCUCCUUCACAACACUGUUUAAAUCCAGACCAUUUAUAGAAGAGUGCAUAAAGCACAAAAGAUCUACAAAAUUGCAACAUACCUGAAUAUACAAUAAUUUUCAUUGAAGAAAAAAAAAGGAUGAAAUGCAUAUAUGCAGUUAUUUCUAACCUAUGGUACUACUUGUGAUUAAAAAAUCCCCCAACAAAACAAAUCACUAGAAUUUCCAUACUCCUAGUCUAGUCUUGUGAGGCAAAUUCUAUGGUUUAUUUAGGAAGGCAUAAAUGCUUAUUAUUUACUGGUAUACAAAAUAUAUUCAGUGAUCAUUAACAGUAUGAGAGCAGUGCAAAACAGGAGAUUUUGUGGGGUUUUGUUGUUUGUUGGGCUUUUUUUUUGAACUGUAGGAGUUAGAAUGUCACAAUGACUUAAGCAGAGAUUUCAACUAUUUUGAAUAAUUUCUGUUGAAGACACUUAACAUUACAUAAUGGUCUUUUCCCUUGUACAAUCUUCUCUGCAACUGAGAUCAAGAGCAGUUUACUGAGUGUAAAAAGUGCUAUAAAAUACUAUGUAUUCUGAGAAAUUCUAUCACUCACCCAAACUUCACAAUAAAAUGUGGUGAGCAAUUCUGUCUUUCCAGCCCUACACUACUGAGUUCCAUGACCGGUACACUAAACCGACCCAUGUGCCAGUAGACAAAAAAUAUUAGGUCUUCUCUAGGAGGGACCCCAAGACUUCAUAUCAUCUGACAGCUGCUUCACAGUCUGCAGAAGUUAAAUAAAGAUGCACGUGAAAAA